AGUAUGAUUCUUUGUCAUGAUGAGCUUUUUUUUUUUUCUGAAAGGUUGUCAUGAUGAGCUUUGAUUCUCUUUCAACUGUCCUCUCCUCUGUCACUACAAAACUUCAUAAAGAAGUUAUUUGCCAUUUUCAUGUCUGUUUUGUGGACCCCAAACUCUCACACAGUCACAACUGUGACCUGAUCCCUACCAACUGUAGUAACAAACAAACUCACAUUAUUCAAUUUUUCCCUCUCUUUCUUUCCUUCUUCCGUCAUCUUUCUCUUUAUUUUCAUUUCAUUUUUCAAAUGCAAAUCAAAAUCUAGAAACCUCUUCUCUCUUCUCUCUUCAUCUUCCAUUUUUUCUUUCUGGUUUUACCUCAAACAUUACAGUGCCAAGAAGAAAAGUAUUGGUUUCCAGUUUCCAUAAUUGAAUGAUGGAUUUUGAGGGUGUUGAUAAGCCAAAUUUUUCUGGUGAUGAUGAGAAUUUUAAGUUUCCAGUUUCUUGUGAAGAUGAGGAUGAUGUUCCUUUGUUACCUAAGUAUUCCCGGAUUUCGAGUUUGGGAGCAUGUAGUAGUAAACAUGAUGCUUCUGGUAAGAAGAAUACUACAGUUUCAGCUAAAAGGGUGUUAGAUUACAACAAUUACUCGCAUAGUUCUGUUAAGAAAUCGAAGGUGUCACCGGGCGAAUCAAUUGAUAAUUGUUUUUCCUUGCUGAUGAAAGACAUUGCAUUGGUAGAAAACUCAUAUGUGGAGUGCAUAAUGAUGACAGAAGGAGAAGAGAAGAGAUUGCAGUCCAUAAAGAGAGAUAUUGAGGAGUGUUGCAAAGAGCUUGAAAAUAAGAAAAAGGAAGUUUGUUCAGUUAGAAGAAUUAUCGAAGCUUACAACAAAAUGCAGAGAAAAAUUGAAGAAUGUAUGAAGGAUUUUGUAGUGAAGGAAGGGCAGCUCUAUUUGAUGGAGGACUUGAUUGAAGAGCGCAAGCAAGAGUUCAAGGCAAAAGAGAUAGAACUUAUUCAAAUCAAGGUUAACAUUUCAAAAGAAAUAGAACUCCGUCAAGUCAUUGAUAAGGAUCGUGGAAGGAAGGAAGAGGAAGUCAAGGCUCUUUCAGAAAAAAUUGCUGAAUUUACUUUGGAACUUAAGGCCAAAGAGAAAGACCUUGAUGCAAUGAACAAAUUAAUUGGCGAAGAAGCAAACAAUUUAGACUCCGAAAGGAAGAAUGUUUUUGCUCAAAAGAAGGAAUUUGAGUCAGCGAAGAAACAGUUUGAAGGUCGGAUUAAGGAAUUGAAUCAAAAGCAAUGUGAAAGACUGGUGGAGCUUGUGUCAAAGGAGAAGCACUAUGAAGGACGAUUAAAGGAGUUAGAAUCAAGGGAGGAGAAGCUUGAAGAACAAAUUGAGGAGUUUGAAUCAAAGAAGGAGGCACUCGAAGGUCGUAAGAAGGAGCUUGAAUCAAAAGAGAAGCAAGUUGAAAGAAGGGAAAUGGAAAUUGUGUCAAAAGAGAGUCAACUUGUUGGCCGAGUGGAGGAAUUUGAAUCAAGAAAGAAGAAGUUUGAAGACCAACUGAAAAAGCUGGUGAAGGAACAUGAGUCGAAACAGAAGCAAUGUGAAGGCCAUGUUAAGGAACUUGAGUUGAAACAGAAGCAAUGUGAAGGACGGGUGGUGGAGCUUGUGUCAAAGGAGAAGGACUAUGAAGGACGACUAAAGGAGUUAGAAUCAAGGGAGGAGAAGCUUGACGAACAAAUUGAGAAGCUUGAAUCAAAAAAAGAGGCACUCGAAGGUCGUAAGAAGGAGCUUGAAUCAAAAGAGAAGCAAGUUGAAGGACGGGAAAUGGAAAUUGAGUCAAAAGAGACCCGACUUGUUGGCCAAGUGGAGGAAUUUGAAUCAAAAAAGAUGAAGUUUGAAGACAAACUGAAAGAGCUGGUGAAGGAACAUGUAUCAAAAGCGAGAGAAUUUAAUAGUCAAGUGAAGGAGCAUGAUUCAAAAGUGAGAGAAUUUGAUAGCCAAGUGAAGGAGUUUGAACGUAAAAAGAAGCAUUUUGAAAACCAAGUGGAGGAGCUCAAGUCAAAAAAGAAUAAGUUUGAAAGAAAGAUGAAGGACCUUAAGUUUAAAAAGAAGCGGUUUGAAGGACAAGUGAAGGAGUCAAAGUCAAGGAAAAAACAUAUUGAUGUGGAAAAAGAAUCAGAGUUGAAGACGAAGACCAGGGAUACCAAUUGUGGAGGAGGAGGAGAAGAAGAAAAAGAAGACGAAGACGAUUAUGAAGAUUUUGAAGACUUGAGUCACGAUGGUUGGUUUAAGGUUAGGAUACAUAAUGAUGGAUUUUUUGUGAUCUCAGAAAAUACUAUAGAGUAUAAGGGAGGGACUGAUCGUGAAAUGUUGUGUGACCGUGAUCGGUGGUCAUAUCACGAGAUUUUGCGCAUUCUCAUCAAAAAAGGUUACCCCAAAGUUGAAUCAAUGUAUUACAAGGCUGGUGGGAAAUUUAAAGAGUUGGUGAAUGAUGAUGGUGCAAUGGAAAUGGUCACUGAAUCUAUUGAUAAUGGAAUAGUAGAUUUGUAUGUUGCUGCUCUACAUAUUAAAUCAGCUAAAGUUAGAAUCAUCAAUGAUGAAAAUACAGUCAUUGAUGGUAAUCAGUUCCUUGUGAAGGUGGUACAUCCGAGCAAGAAAAACAACACGUCGAGCGAUACAACUCCCACACCUAACAACUCAAAUACCAGAACCAAGUAAAAUGAAAAUCACGAGGCCACAAAUAAUAUCAGUGCAAAAUUCAGAAAAAGAAAAUGAAAAUCAAGAAAUGAAGACAAUAAUCAUGUAACUCAAAGAUUCCUAACCUUGCAAAAACCU